GUCCCGCCCAGUACUUCCUCUAAACACCGAGGGGAGCAGCGCAGAUCGGCCGCGUGGACCCGAGUUCCCCACCUGAACCGGACUGAUCCGGACUGAUCCGAACCCGGAGCGAUGAUCCGAACCCUCCUCAGCCUCCUGCUGCUCUGCCCGCGCGCCGCUGCUGGAGGUAAAGUUCCCAGCCCUGAGGAUGUGACAGUAAUAUCUCAGGACAUGGGGCUGAUUUUGAAGUGGAACCCACCAAAGAACUCCACCGGGCAGAACUUCACCUAUACAGCCGAGUACAGAGAUUAUCAGCCAUUUUUUCUGACUGUUUGCUGGAGCACCUCAUCACUGAGUUGUGAUUUCACUGAUAUGGUCUCUGCGUUUGGGGUGUAUGAUCUGCGCGUGCGGACAGAGCGUGAAGGAAAUAGCUCUGAUUGGAUAGUGAAGGAAAACAUAUCUCUGGAUAAAAUCACUGUAAUAAGCGCUCCAGGUGUGAAGUUGCAGAGCAGAAAGGGGGAGAUUGAGGUAAACAUCACUGGCCCCACCCUCAAAAAAAGCAAUCUUGAGGAACUUUUUAAUUCUAUGUCGUACCGUAUUCGUUAUUGGAUUGACGGGCAAGUGGAAAAGAAAGAGCUGAGGGCAGAACAGAGCAGGGUAAUGCUUCAGAGUCUUACACCAAAUGUCCGGUACUGCGUGCAAGUGGAGAUUCUGACAAAUUCAUUUACUGAGGAAUCGAAAGGCAAACCUAGCCUGCCGAGCAACCACACCUGUAUUCUCAACACUGAGAAUGAUGAUGUUGAGCUGUGGCUGAUAUUGGUGGUGUUGCUGGGCAGCUUCGUUGUCGUUUUGGUUUCUGUGGUCCUGGUAUUCUUUGCUUGCUGGUUCUCCUACAAAGGCUUCAGAUUUCUGCACCCGGAAGCCAAACUGCCUGAACACUUUAAGCAGUACUUAUGCGAGCGUCCCAAAUCUUCCCUGUUCCUGGCCAUGCAGAACAGCCCUCAGCCGGAGGAGCGUUAUCAUGAGGUGAGCAUCGUUCAGUGUCUGGACGACCCCAGUGCUCUUCAGCAGCUCCAGCAGGCGCAAGGCUCUAACCGCACUCGGCCUUAUGCAAACAUCUCCCCCAAACCAGAGGACGGACAGAACCGGGGAGAGAUGCUGUGUGAACGGGAGCAUAGGAAAAACGAGGAGAACGCAGGAAGGAGUGUGCGCCAAUCAGGCGAGGAAGAGAUGCAGCGGCUGCUGCUGCAGUAAUGCUGCGUUCAGAACUUCAGAAGAGCGUAUUACUUUUACACUGUUCUAUAGAAUAUUCUAUUAUUAUACCAGUUUGAUAAAAUCAGAGUUGGUGUGUGCACUUUUCAUACUGUCUACAGGUUUGUGUCAAUUAUAUUUUUAAAGUGAAGGUUUAGUUAAAAUGAAUAUUUUUUAUUGAUUAAAAGUGUGAUGUAGUUUCGUAUUAAAAAUAUUUUUUCUUUUA